CAAGGGUGCAGUACCUGAAAACAACCAUGGAGUGGAAAAUACUUCCCAUUUACUUGUUGCUGCUGCUUCCUGUUUUUUUGAUUCAGCAAGUCUCAUCUCAAGAUUUAUCAAGCUGUGCAGGGAGAUGUGGGGAAGGGUAUUCUAGAGAUGCCGCCUGCAACUGUGAUUAUAACUGUCAACACUACAUGGAGUGCUGCCCCGAUUUCAAGAGAGUCUGCACUGUGGAGCUUUCCUGUAAAGGCCGCUGCUUUGAGUCCUUUGCCAGAGGAAGGGAGUGUGACUGUGACUCCCAGUGUCACAAGUACGGCAAGUGCUGCUCCGACUACGACAAGUUCUGUGAAGAAGUGCACAAUCCCACAUCACCACCAUCUUCAAAGACUGCACCUCAGCCUCCAGGAGCACGUCAAAACAUCAAAUCAACAACCAAACGUUCACCCAAAUCACCAGACAAGAAGAAGACUAAGAAAGUUGUAGAAUCAGAGGAAAUAACAGAAGUAAAAGAUAACAAGAAAAGAACUCCUAAAAAGAAACCUACCCCAGAACCACCAGCUGAAGAUGAAGCUGGAAGUGGCCCGGAUAAUGGUGAUUUUAAGCUCACUCCAACUCCUGACAUUCCUACCACCCAACGCAAUAAAGUUACUACAUCUCCCAGGACUACAACAGCAAAACCAGUAAACCCUAAAUCCACUCUUCCACCUAAUUCUGAUACAUCUAAAGAGACAUCUUUGACAGCCAAUAAAGAAACAACAGCUGAAACCAAAGAGACUACUGUAACAAAUAAACAGACUUCAACUACUGCAAAAGAGACUUCAGCUAAAGAGAUGCGAAGUGCAGAGAAAACAUCUGCUAAAGAUUUAGCACCCACAUCCGAAGUGCCUACUAAACCUGCGUCUAAAGCUGAAACUACAACCAAAGCCCCUGCUCUCACCACCCCCAAGGAGCCUGUACCCACUACCACCAAGAAGCCUGCACCUACCACCCCCAAAGAACAACCUCCCACCACCGCCAAGGUGCCUGCACCCACUACCACCAAGGAGCCUGCACCCACCACCCCCAAAGAACAACCUCCCACCACCCCCAAGAAGCCUGCCCCCACCACAACCAAGGAGCCUGCACCCACCACCCCCAAGGAACAACCUCCCACCACCCCCAAGGAGCCUUCACCCACCACCCCCAGGGAGCCUGCACCUACCACCCCCAAGGAACAACCUCCCACCACAACCAAGGAGCCUGCACCCACCACCCCCAAGGAACAACCUCCCACCACCCCCAAGGAGCCUUCACCCACCACCCCCAGGGAGCCUGCACCUACCACCCCCAAGGAACAACCUCCCACCACAACCAAGGAGCCUGCACCCACCGCCCCCAAGGAACAACGUCCCACCACCCCCAAGGAGCCUGCACCCAUCACCCCCAGGGAGCCUGCACCCACCGCCCCCAAGGAGCCUGCACCCACUACCACCAAGGAACAACCUCCCACCACCACCAAGGAGCCUGCACCCACCACCCCCAGGGAGCCUGCACCCACCACUCCCAGGGAGCCUGCACCCACCACUCCCAAGGAGCCUCCACCCACCACCCCCAAGGAGCCCGCACCCACCACCACCAAGGAGCCCACACCUACCACCCCCAAGGAACAACCUCCUACCACUCCCAAGAACCCUGUACCCACUACUACCAAGGACCCUGAACCUACCACUCCCAAGGAGUCUACACCCAACACUCCCAAGGAACCAGCUCCCACCACCCCCAAGGAGCCCAUACCCACCACCCCCAAGGAACCUGCUCCUACCACCCCCAAGGAUCCUGUUCCAGAUACCCCCAAGAAGCCCAUAUCCACCACACCCAAGGAACCUGCACCCACCACUCCCAAGGCACUGGCUCCUACCACCCCCAAGGAGUCUGUACCCACCACCCCCAAGGAGCCCACACCCACCACCCCCAAGAAGCCUGCUCCAACUACUCCUGAGACACCUGCUCCAACCACCUCAGGGGCUUCUACUUCAACUACCACCAUGGAGCCUCCCGCUACCCCCGAGAUCCCUCCUGAAUCAACUCCUGAGUUCUCUGCAGGACCCACGCCAAAGGCGCCUGAAAACAGUCCUAAGGAUCCUGCUGUACCUACAAUUAAGACUCCUGAAGUGACCAACCCCAAAAUGACUACAACAGCUCAAGACAAGACAACAGUAAAAGACAUACGUACUGUGCCUGAAAUUACAACAUCUGCACCCAAGAUUACAACAAAACAGACAGCAACUACAAGAGAAGAAACAACUGAAUCCAAAACAAGUACAACCACAUCAAUCAAAAUUACUACUCUUAAAGCAACAACUCUUGCACCCAAAGUAACUACUGCAACAAAAAGGACUAUUACAACUGAGACUACGAAAAAACCUGAAGAAACAGCUAAACCAAAAGAUACAAUUACUAAUUCUAAAGCGACAACUCCUAAACCCCCAAAGCCAACUAAAGCACCCAAAAAGCCCACUUCUACCAAAAAACCAAGACCAACAGCUAGAGUGAGAAAACCAAAGACAACACCAACUCCUCCAAAGAUGACUACGACAAUGCCUGAAUUGAACCCUACAUCUUUAGCAGAAACCAGGCUCCAAACCACCACCAGCCCUAACCAAACUCCAAACUCAGAAAUAGUUGAAGUAUAUCCAAAGUAUGAAGAUGCAGAUGGUGCUGAAGGAGAAACACCUCACAUGAUACCCAGGCCCCCGGUGUUAGUUCCUAUAGUUAUUCCAGGCAUUGAGUACUCAGUGAGAGGACCCAGUCAAGGCAUUGUCAUCAACCCUAUGCUUUCAGAUGAGACCAAUCUAUGCAAUGGUAAGCCAGUAGAUGGACUGACUACUUUGCGCAAUGGGACGUUAGUUGCAUUCCGAGGUCAUUAUUUCUGGAUGCUAAGUCCAUUCAGUCCCCCAUCUCCAGCUCGCAGAAUUACUGAAGUUUGGGGUAUUCCUUCCCCCAUUGAUACUGUUUUUACUAGAUGCAACUGUGAAGGAAAAACUUUCUUCUUUAAGGAUUCUCAGUACUGGCGUUUCACCAAUGAUAUAAAAGAUGCAGGGUAUCCCAAGCAAAUUGUAAAAGGAUUUGGAGGACUAAAUGGAAAAAUAGUGGCAGCUCUUUCAAUAUCUAAAUACAAGAAUAGGCCUGAAUCUGUGUAUUUUUUCAAGAGAGGUGGCGGCAUUCAGCAGUAUAUUUAUAAACAGGAACCUGUCCGAAAGUGCCCUGGAAGGCGGCCUGCUAUAAAUUAUCCAGUGUACGGAGAAACAACACAGGUUAGGAGACGUCGCUUUGAACGGGCUCUAGGACCUUCUCAAACACACACCAUCAGAAUUCACUAUUCACCACCAGUCAGAGUUGUUUAUCAAGACAAAGGUUUCCUUCAUAAUGAAGUUAAAGUGAGUACACUGUGGAGAGGACUUCCAAACGUGGUCACCUCGGCUAUAUCACUACCCAAUAUCAGAAAACCUGAUGGCUACGACUAUUAUGCCUUUUCUAAGGAUCAAUACUAUAACAUCGACGUGCCUAGUAGAACAGCACGAGCAAUUACUACUCGUUCUGGGCAGACCCUAUCCAAAGUCUGGUACAACUGUCCUUAAACUGAUGGGCAAAGGAAGAGUCAACUAAUUAAAGUGAAGAAAAUAAUAAUAAACUUUGACACUGAAAUACAUUUUAUUAAUAAAGAAUGUUGAGUAAGCAUA